AUGAAUAUGUUGGACGAUGAAGAUAACCAAAGCUUUCACGCUACGCGUGACGGCUACUCCCAUUUGAGCGAUGUCGAAUGGGAUGCGGUUGAACGAAUGGGUUCGACCAUGGGCAUCCAUGCUGUUAGCGUCAUGCUAGAGGCUCUCAAUAGAGAUGCCCAACAUGCUACUAUCGCCAAGUUCAUUCAAAAUGAACUUGACGCAGAACGCGAGAAAGUAGCCUUGCUUCACCAACAAGGUUUUCAACAAGCAGAGUUGUUGAGAGAACAGGGUGCUCAACAGUUUGAACUGUUGAGACAGCAGCAGGCUGCUGCUGGUGGGUCGAUGCACUCGCGUCGACCCGAAACCUUGAAGAUUGACAUCUCUAAGUAUAGGGGAGUCGAAGAGGACUCCCUCUUGAGAUGGUUCGUCGAAUUGGAUGACGCCAUAAGGGCGCGUCGCAUCGACGACGGGGAUAUGCAAGUUGCAUUUGCCAGUCAAAUCUGGCAGGACGUGCCAAGACUUGGGCACUGGGGCUCAAGUUCCACGACCCAUAUGCGUUUGGGUCGUUGGAAGUCUUCAAGUCGCGGCUCAGACAAACGUUUGAACCGUCUAGAGCUGAGUUCAGGGCUCAAACCGAACUCAUGA